AUGGCGACUAUUGCAGAGUCUCAACCUACUGUUGCAGAGCCACAUCAGACUCACAGCUCGCUUCACCAGCGAACCCGACCUUCAAAGUUGGAUUCACAGGUUAAGACAGUCUCUGACAAGUUUGGUAACAACAAUAACGGCAGCAGCAUUAAAAAGUUUAAUAAAGCUUCAUCAACGACAACGACAACUACUACUACAACUACAACUACAACAACAACAUCGACUUCCAGUAACUGUAGUAGUGGUGAUGAUGACGACGUUACUCUCACAGAAGACUACGAAACCAGCAAUAUCAUUUCCGACCUUGCUUCAUUUGUUGACCAGGAUGGCUGUAUCGAUAUGGAUUCUCUGGUUCAAAGCCUUGAGUCACGUCUCAACAACCUGGCCCAGUUUGGACUAGACUCUCUCAGUGCCCCUACAAUGGCUGCCAUGCACAUGCCAAAAGCUGCGGCCGCGCGUGUUUUGGAACUGGCUGGCGGGUACUCGAGUCUCCAGGCGUUUAAGCAGACCCUGCUGGUUGGGGGCCGCAAGCACGCCGAACAUCUCGUGCAAUCCUUUGAGACUCACUUUAGCGAUGCCUGUGCAUCUACAGCAAGUGCAUCCCAACGUGCUGUUGACGGUCUGCGCUACAUUGACUCUAAGCUUUCUCUUCUUGAAGAACAUUUUAUCGAUUCUACAAUGUCUCUCGACGCCUCUACACUCCAGCCAACUUCGAUUGUUUCUCACCUUCACAUGCACAACUCGAUCAUGUCUGCCCUGGAGGCGGCCAAGUCGAGACUCUUGACCUAUGAAGAGCUCCCCAUCCCUUGGCAGGACAAUCCAUAUAUUUUAAAUGGCUACCGCUUCACCCGAUCAUAUACUGACUGUGUCUGCUCUUUGGCCAAAAUUCACAAUGAAACGUGCAAUAUUUGGACCCAUUUGCUUGGAUUCGUCGUAAUGCUUCUUGUUGCCUUUUUCCACUACCCUACUACUCUUUCUUGGACCGACUCAACUUUAACCGACAAAAUCAUGAUGAUUGUUUUCCUUGUGGCUGCCCUUAAGUGUCUGGUGUGCUCCACUGUUUGGCAUACCUUUAACGGAAUUUGCCAUGUGGAAUCUAAAAAACGUUUUGCUUGCGUGGACUACACUGGAAUCACAGUACUCAUUGCAUCUUCAAUUAUCACAACAGAGUACUCGGCAUUUUACUGCAGACCAUGGUUCCAAAUCCCAUACAUUACCAUCACUGCCGUUUCUGGUCUUUUUGGAGCUGCUUUUACCUGGCAUCCUUCUUUUGACUUGCCAUCCAGUAAAACUAAACGCGUUGCAUUUUUUGUUGGAUUUGCAGGUGCAGGCAUUGCUGGUUUUAUUCAUGCCGCUUAUCUCCACGGGUUCCUUGACACGUUUUUCUUCUACCUCCCUGUUUUCAAGUCAUUAGCCUGCUAUUUCAUGGGCGUGGUAGUUUACGCUUUGCUCAUCCCUGAGCGUUGGUUCCCCGGUGGAAUCUUUGAUUACUUUGGCAUGUCCCAUAAUCUUUGGCACCUCAGUGUGUUUGGCGGCAUUUACUUCCACUACAUGGCUACUGUCAAACUACUGGAACAAGCUCGACACUACAGCUCAAGCUGUACUGCAUGA